GUUUAGGCGUCCUAACUAAAAACAUGCCUCCCGUUGCGGUGAAUUAUUUCAGCUGUCUGCAAUAUUCCCUUGCUAAGUGGCUUGUAGGGAGAUUUUGCCAACGCAAAGGACAUUGACGAAAACUGGAGGCUUAACAAGAUUAGCGACUGUCGUUUUAAUCGAGUUUGGUUAGUGUUGGGGUUUCAAAAUGGCGGACACAAACGAGGCUCUGGAGAAAAUUGACUCAGGUGACUACGAUUUUUUACCUCUUCUCUUUCGACACUUAAAACGAAUCCUCGGAGACAAUACAGAUUAUUUUGAACAAUACACAAGUAAGGAAGUCUAUAAAAAGCUCUACAAUGGCUUUAAACUGAUGCUAUCAACCAUUGAUUCUUUGGAAGAAGGAGCAACUUUGCUGGCGAAGACAGCACCCUUAUUCGACUACAGUAACGACAUCAAGGGAAAUGGCUACAGGAGUUUACUUAGACUUGUCGAACAUUGCCUUCAUUCUGUUACAGAACUAUCUGCCUAUUGCCAAACUCAUCGAGAUAGAUUUUAUUUUCGAUCUCAUCACUAUAGCUUGGAAGUCGAAGCUUUCGCCAAUGUUUUUCAAAGGACGAGCGAAUUGUUGCACUUUGCCAAGAUCGUGGUAGAGGACAGUGUGCCAGACAACUUAUUUCCAGAGAACUUUGACUCUAAAGUCAUGUUGGAAGUUGAGAAGUUGGAUAGAGAGUGCUUUUAUGGUAGAACGUUGGGUUUUCAGGUGAAUAUUUACGAGUGAUCUUUAAUAAAUAUUUGGGUUCGCUUAUCUUUAGUUCACUUAACUUAAAGUGGUAUUACCAAUGAUUCGUUUAUCAAUAAAUUUAAAACCGUAAUGAAUGCUUGACAAAUUCGAACGUCAAGACGAUUUUCUUGUCUGAUAAUAAAUUGAAACUUUCAAUUUGAAUCAUAAUCUCUCUUAAGCAUUAUUUGUCUUGUUUUGUUUUUAUUAUUAAUAUUAUCACCUCCUGUUUUUAUUCUGCUCUCCCUCAAAAAUAGAAAAAUGGAAGGAAUUAUUUACCAAACAGCAGAUUCAAAAAUAUUGAAAUAAGACCUGAUACAGUAAAUGAUAUUGAUAAGAUAAUUCUGCCUGUAUUCCACGUAUAUUUAUAAUAUAUUUUGGGUGAAAAAUAAAUUUCUGGACUUAUAUUUAACAUGAAAACUGGGAGUUGCCUAGAAAUUCUACUUAAGCUACUUGAGCCACAAUAUCAUUAACUUUUUAAAACAAACCUAAUUUUGUAUAUGGUACAUUUGAUAUAUUCAGUUUCCACUCAGCAAAUCAUGAUUAUUUUUAGCUUUUGUAUCAAGAAAACUGAUUUUACUACUUAGAAAAUAGGUUCUUAAAAUGUUUUCCUUUAAAAAUGAAAUGCUCUAAUAUUCAUCAUCAGUUUUCUAGUGGUAUGCGGCAUUUCUUACAAGUUGUCUGUGUGGCAAUGGCAUCAUUUGCCGAGGGUUAUCAUCGUCACAAGCAGAGCAGCAUGGCAUGUGCUACAGUAUCUUUCUUAAACAGUGGGAAAUACACUGUGAAUCCUGAGAUGAGAGCUAAGAUGAUUGUAGAUGUGACACAGAAAACUAACAUGGAAUUCUGUAAAGCCUUUUGGAGUUUGACUGAAGGUUAUGGACUUCAGGUACUUCCUGCAGCAGAAUGCUUUCCUCUUACUCAAUUAACAAUUGGUUCAUAUGUUAGUGUGCAUUCAUCAAGAUGUGAAGCACACAGGAAGUUUGGAGAGCACGAAAGAAGCAUAAGAGUUGCUCGAGGUAUAGCCAAGAGCAACUCUAGCUUCUUGAGCGCUCUCCAAACUUCCCAAGUGCUUCAUAUCUUGAUGAAUUCACAGCUGACGUAUGAACCAAUAUUGUUUUAUAACAUUUUCAACCCAAUGAAAAAUUUUUUUCUCGAGGGACUUGUUUGCUGACGUCAUGAGUGUACACAUUAGGAAUAUGAAGCACGCUCACACAAUUGAAUUUGAUUACACAAAUUUACUAGCUAUGUUGUAAUACUAUUUUAAAAAUGGGGAUAUUGUCAAUUGUGAGAGGAAAAAGUAGAGUCUGGCAGCAGUCUUACUGGUCAGUAAACACUACAUUUUCCUUAUUUCUGGUGGUUUUGUCUCAACUCUGGAUAUCGUGCUAAUUUAUUCUCAGACUAUUGUCAAUUUUCCCCAAAAUCUUGAGUUAGUUGGAGUCAACUGUAACAGAGUCAAAGCUGUGCUUUUUGAAGAACCACUUGAUGCCUAGAUGCUCUUCUUUUAAAGUGUAUUUUUAUGACGCUUUAUAAAACCAAUAAAGUAGGUAUGGGAAUUGUUUGAAUCUACAAACUGCCACUUUUGUAACCAGAAUGUUUUGUUGCACUUCAGCAUGUGCCACUGCUUGUUUGUUCUGCAAUGAAAGUGAACAGGGUGUUCUUUAUUCCUCCGGAGCCAUUUGAACUUCAGAUGUUGACUGGGGAGUCUGUGAGUAUUGCUCCACCCUGUUCUUGGUCUGGUCUGGCUCCAGUUCAAGUGCGACUGUUGUCGUAUGAAUGGAGAGAAGGGCAGGUAUGAGCUGAUAUGUCAUUUACUGUUGAAAAUUUCAAAUAGCCAGGGUCAGAGGUUCAUAAAAAUUUUCAACCCCUUGAAAGUGACUAGCAUCUAAUUUAUCCUCACAAAAGCACCCCUGAAUCACACAUUUAUUUAAAUAAGUCAUGAGAAUAAAGGAAAUGAUCAUUAACAAAAGAAGCUCUUGAUUGUUAAACAAAUUCUCCUUGUCAGCACCUAAGGAAAUGUAUAGAGAACAGUAUGGAGAAUAUGCAUACUGAUAUUAGGGUGUAAAGGGUUAAGAAAUAUAAUAUCAAGAAAAUAGAAUAAAAUGACAAAAGAAUAUUCUCAACUUUUGAAUUAAAAAUACCUCAGUAAAUUGAAAUAGAGAAAGAUAAUUAUUCACAUUCUAAUGUGUAAUGCUCACAUUAUAAUGCACACAUUAAUGUCUCAUUGGCUUAUUCUGUGCUUCAGAGUAAAGAUGGAAGUGACAAUGUUUCACACCAUGGCCGACCACCAAAGCCCAAAAGUGAUGGCUUGAUACUCCAUGUACAUGGUGGAGGGUUUGUCGCCCAGUCAUCAAAAUCACAUGAGGUAUGAAAUGAUGCAUGUAUGUGAGAGUGACCACCUCUAAUAACAGUCGAGCUGGUAAACAUAUGUAUUGGUUGCAACAUGAUUUCAAGUGCGAUUUGUGUUGAUAUGCACAAGUAAAGUUUUCAAAGAUGACAACAAUUGAAAAAUUUAUUAGUACUUAUUUUACACUAAAUUGCAUGAAAAAAUCAUGUUGUUACUUGUUAAUAAUUUACAUGAAAAACGCAUCGCAGAAAGUCAAGGUGGACAAAAUUUUGGUAGCACACAGGCUAUUUGUAAUUUGCACUCGUAUUACAAUCAUGUUGUUAAUUGUUAAUAAUUUACAUGAAAAAUGCAUCGCGGAAAGUCAAUUUGUAUUUGUAAUUUACACUUGUAUUACAACUUUGCUUUUGUGUUACAUGAAAAAUGCACACAUUUUCAGCCAAUCAGAUGCGCAUAAUAUGUAUAUUAUUAAGAGUGAAACAUCUAUCAACUGGAUACUCUCUAUUAGACCCUUUGACUCUUAGGAGUGACUAACAUCUAAUUUCUCCUUACAAUAUCACCCAUAAAUCACACAUUGAAGUUGCGAGAGUGAGGAAAAUGAUGUUGAACAAAUUCUCCCUGUUAGCACCUCAGGAAAUGUUUAGAGAACAGUAUGGAGAAUAUGCAUACUGAUAAUAGGGUAUAAAGGGUUAACGGGGAAGUAAGCUGUAUCAAAAUAAAAGCCUUCUCAUUUGUCUCCUCUAUUAAUGUAUUUUUGCAGAUCAAGAUAUUUGUAGUACUCAGAAUUUUCUUACAAGUUAUUCUUCUUGCAAAAGAGACUUUUUGGUGAAAGAUGUUAAAUUAUAAACUUUCUUCUAUUUCCUUAUAUUUUACAAGACAUAUUAUAUUUACAAUAUUUUUACAAGGAAAUUACAAAUCCAAGCUCACUUUAUUAUAUUUUUUUCAGAUGUACCUUCGCACUUGGGCAUGUGAACUUGGUGUGCCCAUCCUAUCUAUAGACUAUUCAUUGGCACCAGAAGCUCCUUUUCCACGGGCCUUGGAAGAAUGUUUCUUUGUGUAUGCUUGGUGUUUGAAUAACUUCCAUCAGCUGGGUACUACUGGAAAGUGUAUCUGCCUAGCUGGAGAUUCAGCAGGUUAGAUACCACUUUUGAUGUCAGUCAAUAUUGUUGUUAAUUUUUAUCAAUGCUAUAAGUCUUAUCAUCAGCCCACUUUUAUACUCUUGCUGCCCCCAUAAACACUUUCCAGCCAUCAUGGUCUGGUGCCAAUCAUUCCAGCUCUCCCCCUUUUGUGGCAAGUCUUCUUUUACUAACACUUCAGGGCCAACUUUGCCCUCCAGCACACUUUUAAAUUUUUGAGCUGUUACAAAAUCUCACUUUUAAAUGCCAAUGGCCUGAAAAUUGAAAUUCUUUAAAUUCCACCUUGCUCUUUCCUCUUCCAAAAUUGCAUCAUGACCAUCGCUUAUCAUUUGGCAAAAAAUCGUGCAGCCACUGAAUUGCCAGUUAAGCAACUGUGGUGGAGACACCAGGUCUCAACUACCAAUAACUGUGCUUAAAGAAAUAAAAAUGUGGGAAAAAAUAUCAAGAAGAAAAAGUAAGCCAUCAAGUUAGCAGUCAUGGACAAUUGAAUUUAACAUUGUUUAACCACAUGACAAGGUCACAUCAGGACCUGGCACUCACCCAUCUAAUCUUUCUGCAUAAUUAUUUUUAGGGGGCAAUUUGUGUGUGUCAUUAAGCAUGCGUGCAUCAGAGGUUGGCAUCCGUGCACCAGACUCCAUCCUAGCUGCCUAUGCACCAUUCAAUGUACAGUGGGUACCCUCUCCUUCCCGUCUGCUGAGCCUUAUGGACCCACUGCUUCCUACAGGGUUGCUAGGUGCUUGCUUGGCUGCCUACUCAGGUAUGGGGAAGUCACCCUUUGAUGACUGCACCACAAAUUCAAUAAAAUCUUUAACAGGUGAAACAAGCCAGCCAGUGAGUGUCGUGAAAAGGAGAAAGACAAACUCUCUCUUGAGAUUGCUACGAGUUGGCUCAAAGGAGUCUAAAUUUGCAAAGAGUGGUAGCCACUCUGAAGCCCUUUCACCAUCAGGGCCAGAGAGUUUCCAUAGUUGUUUGAGCUCACCGCAGUUUGAAGAGACAGAGACUGUCAACAAUAUGGCAAGCCCCAGCACUGAGACAGCCGUUGGUUAUCACUGCACUAGUGUGGUGCAUUCAUCAGGGGAACAUUCAGAGGAAGGUGUCUCGGACCAAGAAAAGGGCUCUGAAAUUAGUAGCCCUUCAUCUGGGCAUUCCCACUCCCGAAGACAUUCCCAAGACACCAUACCCAGUAGACCCACAAGUCCUCAGAGAAGCAAACAUGGCGGAGGAGACGAGAUGGAACAUAUAGGAGUGCACUACCAUAGGGACAUUGAAGAGUGCCACUUAGUGAACGUGGUAGAGUCUCCAGAGAGCCCUAGUGGAGAGCUUCUGUUGUUUCCUCUUGAAAUGCCUCAAGAGGAGCUCUACGAAGAUGUGGGUACAUCACCAGAUGAGGACGAGGAGGUGGGACAUGAUGACAAGUCUCAUUCAAGGACCCAGUCUAUGUCCCAAGUGCAUAUUCCUAUUGCCAAGAACCCGUAUAUGUCUCCACUUCUGGCACCUGAUGAAAUGUUGAAGAGUUUACCACCAAUUGAUCUUGUGGUAAGUUUGCUUUCCUGUGAUUGGUAGCCCAAGCUCGCACAACGAGCCUACGUGUAUAUGCAAAUAUGUUUACGUUGCGCAAUGGGCGAAAUGUAAGGAUCUGUAUGUUGACGAACGUUCGCACUCACAACCGAAAACUCUGAACUAGAUUUGAAUGAAACAAAGUUACCUCUCUUAAGUGGUUGUUUCUUAGUAUUGUAUGAGUUUUUUUCUGGGCUGAUUUAGAGCCGUUUAGCUCCGUUUUAGUUCAUCUGCUUCAUCCUUUAUAUUAUCCUCUGUAUGUUCACCUUUAGGCUUGCACAUUGGACCCCAUACUGGACGAUUCAGUUGAAUUUGCUCGCCGGCUACGUUCUCUCGGUAAAGACGUGGAACUGUACAUCCUAGAGGAUUUACCCCACGGAUUUCUGAGCUUCCAUCUUGCCAGCCAGGAGGCGAGAGAAGGAAAUGACCUGUGCAUUGUAUGCUUGAAGAGAACAUUAUCAGGGAAAAGAAAUGUGGGAAACGUGGAGAAAGCUCCUGUGUACUGAGAGCUUGGUACAUUGUUACGCUCUCAUGAGCGUAACAUGUAGGAGUCUUGGACAACGGCAUGUUCUGUUACUUUCUGUUACCAGCUAUAGACCAUUUAAUUCGAAUGAUUAUGUACGCUGUCACGAAAAUGUUGCGUUACCAUCGCACAAUCUCAUUUUCUUUCACAAGCUAUUUAGAACUAUUUACAGUUUCUGAAAUAACAGAUCGAAUGGAUUCGCACUUUGCCGCAAAUACUGUCACGUAAUUGGUGCGUUUUCCGUCACGCCCUCCCAUUUUCUGUUACUAGCCAUAGACAAUCUGAUAAGAAUUGGAAUUAUUUCGUGAUUGUCACGUAACGCUGUCAUGAAAAUGUUGCGGUACCCAAUUUGAAUGUUCUUAAAAGAUUUAACCUCGAUAGCUCGAUAGCCUUGCAAUUUCUACAAACCUCGCAGGCGAGGAAGAUAAAUAUUUCUGUCAGUUUUAUAUCCAAAGUAGAGCAUAUCAAGAAUAUUUUGGUGUAUUUGUUACAUUUUGAAAUGAAGAUAAUAUUGCAUUCCUCUCCAACAUUUCAGGGAGAGGGUAACUGAUAUUUGAGCUUGGGUGAAUGGAAAUUUUGUUGGGGUAUAACCGUGGAAAAAAUGCGAUAUCCAGUCACAUCGCUUAUUUAAUAUAAAUGCGAAAUUUAGUCGAUGAAAUUUAUUUGUUACAGGCAGUAAAAUUCUACUCUUCAAAUUAAGAAUGUAAAUGAAAUAAUUUGCUGGAUCAAAGGUUGACAAAAAUGUAAAGUUAGUAUAGGAUAUUAAAAUUGAGACGUUGACCACGUUGAAGAAUUGUCAGAUGCA